AUGACCGGUCCCUCCCCUCACAAGCCCCGGCGCAGGGGCAGGAAGACGAGCAGCAACGGAGAUGAUGGCGCUGGCACGGUUAUCAACGCCAGCACGGAGAGCCAAGUCCUCAAAAAGGAAGCUCUCGUAAAGGUGCCCGUCUUCCCUCUCGCUUCGUUCCUUUGGCCUGCCCGAGGUUCCGUAUCACAAUGGCAGGUUCUGCCCUUGAUCCUUAUGGUGGUUGGUUUGUUUAGAUGGGCAGCUGGGCUCUGGGGAUACUCUGGCUUCCAGAGACCCCCCAUGUUCGGAGACUACGAGGCGCAGCGACAUUGGAUGGAGAUUACAACCCAGAUUCCCGUGUCGCAGUGGUAUUUCCACGACCUUCAAUGGUGGGGGCUCGACUACCCGCCCUUGACGGCCUAUCAUAGCUGGCUCUGUGGCAAGAUCGGGAACCUCAUCGACCCGACCUGGUUUGAGUUGUACACCUCGCGAGGAUCUGACGACCCGACCCUCAAGAUCUUCAUGCGCGCCACAGUCAUCGUCUCCGAAUACCUCAUCUACAUCCCCGCGGCUGUCAUCUUCGUUCGACGCUUCGCCAGAAACAGCAAUGUGCCGACAUGGACUGCUUGGAUGGCCCUCGUCGCUAUCUUGAUGCAGCCUGCCACGAUCCUUAUCGACCAUGUGCACUUCCAAUACAAUACUGUCAUGCUUGGCUUCGUCCUAGCAAGCAUGUCCAGCAUGCUGGCUGGCCGCUACCUCUGGUCUGCGGUUUUCUUCGUCGCCGCUCUCGGCUUCAAGCAGAUGGCCCUUUACUACGCAUUCUCGGUCUUUUCUUUCCUCUUGGGCAGCUGUGUCUUUCCUUUGAAACCUGGUCGCUUCAUCGGCAUCGCGCUAGCCACCGUUGCAGCCUUUGCCCUCCUGCUACUACCGCUUGUAUUGGGCACCCUUUACGACGCUCACCGGGGCAUCGACGCACGACCCGACUAUGAGGGGCCGCCGCCAGCAUUGCCCCUGUUCCCCUGGCUGACCGAUGUCCUCGACACCAAUGCCAUCUACUAUCCGGUUGUCGAGCAACUCGUACAGAUGGUUCAUCGCAUCUUCCCCUUUGCCCGUGGCCUCUUCGAAGAUAAGGUCGCGAAUUUCUGGUGCGCCCUCAAUGUCGUCAUUAAGUUGCGCAAAUAUCCCGCCGAUCUCCUUCAACGCGGCGCCCUUCUGACUACACUGGCGUCCAUCGUCCCGCCCAAUCUCAUCCUCUUCUUCCGGCCGCGUAAGUCACUCUUGCCUCUCGCUUUUGCGACAACAGCAUGGGGUUUCUUUCUCUUCAGCUAUCAGGUUCAUGAGAAGAGCGUCCUCCUUCCUCUUAUGCCUAUGACGCUUCUUCUCGCCGGCAAACAGGGACUGUCGCGGGAUGUCAGAGCUUGGGUUGGAUUUGCCAACAUUCUAGGCUCAUGGACAAUGUUCCCCCUCCUCAAGCGGGUGGACCUUGGCGUCCCUUACGCUGUCCUGACUCUGCUCUGGGCCUAUCUUCUUGGCCUCCCGCCCACAUCACUCAGCGCAUACUUCCAGGAGGACCAGGGUAGGUUGCGACAAUGGGCAACAUUUCUCCUUCACGGCGCAUUCUACGUCGCCAUGGCUGCCUGGCACGUGGCUGAGAGGGCUGUUGUCCCACCUGUAGACAAGCCUGACCUCUGGGUUGUUGCCAACGUUGGCAUCGGAGCAGUCGGUUUCGGUAUCUGCUACCUCUGGUGCUUGGUGCAGCUGGGCGCGCAGAGUAACGUUCUGCCCAAAUGGGGCAGUGCGGCGAACAAGACAAAGAACCAAUGA